UAUAAAUACCCUUCCCUAAACCAUUAAUUCUGUCACUCCAGUCCCGAAAAAGGAAAAAAAAAAUGGAAUCCCGCCGCCGCCGCCGUCUCCACCACCUCCUCCUCCUCCUCCUCCUCCUCUCCCUCUCCUUCCCCUCAUCAUCAUCACUCCCACAUUCUUCCAAACAUCAGUACACUUUCGCCACUCCCCCGCCGCCGACGCCAGCGCCACAAUCCCCUCCGGUCCCCCAAAACACCACCCUCGAAUACAUGGACCCCACUCUCCCUCCCCUCCUCCCCUCCCAACCCCCCCAAUGCUCCCUCCAAAUCCUCCACCGUGACUUCUCCUCCACCACCACCACCUCCACCUCCUCUCCUCCUUCUUCCUUCACCUACACUCCCCCUCCCAACUGCCCCUCCCCUUGGUCCCGCGUCAUCCUCGACCUCUCCGCCGCCUCCUCCCACAUACAGAAAGACCGCAUCGCCGCCAUUUGGAUCGCCGGCGCUGAGAUCCUCCGCACCUCUACCCCUUUCUCCCUCUCCCCCGGCGUCUUCUGGCGAGUCCGCAAAGACAUCACCCGAUACACCGCCCUCCUCCGCCGCCCCACCCGCUUCUCCGUCAUCCUCCAUAAAACCUCCCACUCCCCCCUCCCCGGAUUCUACUCCCUCAACCUCACCCUCCACUUCUACCGCGGCGCACUCCACCGCCUCACCUCCCACCCCAUCAUCCGCGGCCUCUAUCGCGAACCCGCCGACCUAAUCAUCCCCAUCUCCAACCCCUCCGGCCCGGAUCACUGGUUCCGGGUCACCAACCAGACCGACGUCCGCACCCGCACCGUCCUCAUUCCCAACAACACCUACAGAGCCGUGCUGGAGGUCUUCGUGUCCAACCACGGCGACGAUCAGUACUGGUACGCGAACCCCCUCCGGUCCAACGACGUGUCAGUCGCCGGAAAAGAUGGUCUUUCGUCGAGAAAACCGAACGGCGGCUUCCGGCAAGUGGUGGCGUCGAUCGACGGGCGGUACGUCGGGUCCGCGGUUCCUUUCCCGGUGAUCUCGCCGGGAUCGGUGAAUCCGUUCUUCUGGGCUCCGGUGGCGGCGAUCGGAGCAUACGACCAUCCUUCUUAUGAUCUCGAGCUUACUCCCUUCGUCGGAAAGCUUCUCGACGGGAAGCCCCAUGAGUUCGGUCUGACGGUGAAGGAGAGCCAGCCGUACUGGCUGGUAGAUGCGAAUCUCCAUUUAUGGCUGGAUGCGUGGUCGGACGCCGUGGAGGGGGAUCUGGUUCGGUACAAGGUGCCGCCUUUACAUCUCGGCCGGCAGGCGGACUGGAAGAAUGCGGAUGGGAAGUCGGAAAUGGAGGGGCAGGUGAUCAUCCGUUUUUCGGGGUGGGUGAGUUCGUCGGCGGGGAAUGUGACGACGAGCGUGAGGCAUAAGUUUAAGUUUAAGAGCCACGUGGAGGUGGAGGAGAAAGGGGCGAUGAAAAGCGUGGAGAUGGAAACGAAGGCGAGGACGAAUCUGAGGAUAGAGAAGGACCACGUGGUGGUGGGGAGGGUGGUGGUGGAGACGGAGGCGCCGUUGAAUCUGGUGACGGUGACUUCGAAUGGGGGAGGGGGGACGACGAUAAGGAAAACGAAGCUUUCGCAUGAGAUGAUGGAGGCGAGGAGUUCGACGGAGGGGAAGACGGAGGACUGGUUCAGCACGAUAACGGAUAAGCAGGAUUCGGAGGGUUCAGUGCUGGUGGGGGAGGAUGGGGAGGUGGUGUGGGGGAGUGGGGAUACCAAAUCCAUCUAUAAGUUUAGGGAUGAUAAAAAGUGUUAUUUGAGGACGGUUAAUAUGGUGGGAGGGAAGCUCGAGGAGGACGAGGAGAGCUCAUCGUGCGCCGCUGCCGCUGCCGCCGCCGCCGCCGCGGCCGGGGAUUAUGGAAUCUUAGAGUUGUUGGAGCAAAAUGAAGAAUAA